AUGCGUGUGGAGGGUGGGAAAGCCCUUUGUGCACUUGCCAUGGGCCUCCAAGACCGCCUUUACACCAGUGAUGGCCCGUAUUUUGAAGGCGGUCCCAGCCAGCAGCGGUCCUGCCCGAAGCGGUCCCAGCCAGCAUCGGUCCUGCCGGCAACUGUCCAGCCAGGAGCCAGCAGUCAGCAGCGGUACAGCCAGCAGUGGUCCAGCCUAGCAGCCAGCAGGCAGCAGCGGUCCCAGCGAGCAGCGGUCCCAACGAGCAGCGGUCCUGCCGGCAGCAGUCCCAGCCAGCAGCGGUCUGCCGGCAGCGGUCCAGCCAGGAUCCAGCAGUCAGCAGCGCGGUCCCAGCCAGCAGCGGUCCUGCCGGCAGCGGUCCAGACAGGAGCCAGCAGUCAGCAGCGGUACAGCCAGCAGUGGUCCAGCCUAGCAGCCAGCAGGCAGCAGCGGUCCCAGCGAGCAGCGGUCACAGCAAGCAGCGGUCCUGCCGGCAGCGGUCAGAGCCAGCAGUGGUGCUGCCGGCAGCGGUCCAGCCAGGAUCCAGCAGUCAGCAGCGUGGUCCAGCCAGGAUCCAGCAGUCAGCAGCGGUACAGCCAGCAGUGGUCUAGCCUAGCAGCCAGCGGGCAGCAGCAGUCCCAGCGAGCAGCGGUCCCAGCAAGCAGCGGUCCUGCCGGCAGCGGUCCCAGCCAGCAGCGGUCCUGCCGGCAGCGGUCCAGCCAGGAUCCAGCAGUCAGCAGCGCGGUCCAGCCAGGAGCCAGCAGUCAGCAGCGGUACAGCCAGCAGUGGUCUAGCCUAGCAGCCAGCAGGCCGCAGCGGUCCCAGCGAGCAGCGGUCCCUGCAAGCAGCGGUCCUGCCGGCAGCGGUCCCAGCCAGCAGCGGUCCUGCCGGCAGCGGUCCAGCCAGGAUCCAGCAGUCAGCAGCGGUACAGCCAGCAGUGGUCUAGCCUAG